CGUCCCUGCUGUGUCCAAGAGAUCUACUGUUCUCCUUGUUGAGAGGAAGCCAUCCAGCCAGCUAGCUAUAAGAUAGAUAGAAGAAGAUCAAGACGACGACCAAGUAGAGGAUAGGCAUCUCUCGAAGCUUAGAGACAAAUAAUUAACUAGAGAUCAAGAGCCUAUUCGUCGUCCAUGGGGAGCACCGGCGACUGCGGCAAUGGAAAGGCGGCCGCCGGCGGCGGCGGGUUGGUGGUGCCGGAGAUCAAGUUCACCAAGCUCUUCAUCAACGGCGAGUUCGUCGACGCCGCCUCGGGCAAGACAUUCAAGACAAGGGACCCACGAACAGGCGAUGUCCUGGCCCACAUCGCAGAGGCAGACAAGGCUGAUGUGGACCUCGCCGUCAAGGCCGCGAGAGAGGCCUUCGAGCACGGCAAGUGGCCCCGCAUGUCAGGCUAUGAGAGGAGCAGGGUGAUGAACAAGCUGGCCGACCUGGUGGAGCAGCACGCCGACGAGCUGGCGGCGCUGGACGGCGCCGACGCCGGGAAGCUGCUGACGCUGGGCAAGAUCAUCGACAUGCCCGCCGCGGCGCAGAUGAUGCGGUACUACGCCGGCGCGGCCGACAAGAUCCACGGCGAGUCCCUUCGGGUGGCCGGCAAGUACCAGGGGUACACCCUCAGGGAGCCCAUCGGCGUCGUCGGCGUCAUCAUCCCCUGGAACUUCCCCACCAUGAUGUUCUUCCUCAAGGUCAGCCCCGCCCUCGCCGCCGGCUGCACCAUCGUCGUCAAGCCCGCCGAGCAGACGCCCCUCUCCGCUCUGUACUACGCUCACCUCGCCAAGCUGGCUGGAGUUCCGGAUGGAGUGAUCAACGUCGUCCCGGGAUUCGGGCCGACAGCCGGUGCGGCACUCUCCUCCCACAUGGACGUCGACAGUGUUGCUUUCACUGGCUCUGCUGAAAUCGGCCGUGCCAUCAUGGAGUCGGCGGCGCGGAGCAACCUGAAGAAUGUGUCUCUUGAGCUCGGCGGCAAGUCUCCGAUGAUAGUCUUCGACGACGCCGAUGUCGACAUGGCUGUCAGUCUGUCAUCCCUUGCAGUUUUCUUCAACAAGGGAGAGAUUUGCGUGGCCGGGUCACGCGUCUAUGUCCAAGAAGGGAUCUACGAUGAGUUUGUGAAGAAGGCCGUGGAGGCUGCCAAGAACUGGAAAGUUGGAGACCCUUUUGAUGCUGCCACCAAUAUGGGUCCUCAGGUUGACAAGGUCCAAUUUGAGAGGGUUCUCAAGUACAUUGAGAUCGGCAAGAACGAGGGAGCAACCCUACUCACAGGUGGCAAACCCACUGGUGACAAAGGAUACUACAUUGAGCCUACCAUAUUUGUGGAUGUCAAGGAGGAAAUGACGAUUGCGCAAGAGGAGAUCUUCGGCCCGGUGAUGUCCCUCAUGAAGUUCAAGACGGUGGAGGAGGCGAUAGAGAAGGCCAACUGCACCAAGUACGGGCUGGCUGCCGGCAUUGUGACCAAGAACCUCAACAUUGCCAACAUGGUGUCGAGGUCAGUGCGGGCCGGCACGGUGUGGGUGAACUGCUACUUCGCCUUCGACCCCGACGCGCCGUUCGGCGGGUACAAGAUGAGCGGGUUCGGCCGGGACCAAGGGAUGGUCGCCAUGGACAAGUACCUGCAGGUCAAGACCGUCAUCACCGCCGUCCCGGACUCGCCCUGGUACUGAUAAAUCAAAUCAAGCAGCAGCUAUAGCUAGAGUGUACCAUGUACCAUGAAUGCUGCAGCCUGUGUAGUGUUUUCGGAUGUUUUUCUCCUUAAUUCUGCUGCUGCUUGGUGUGGUUGUAUGUAGUUUGGUUGUGGGGUGAGAUAUGGUGCAGAUUAAAAGGGGUUCUGAUGAUCAUGAUCUGAUCCUUGUUUGGUUGAACUUGUUGAGAAAUGGAUGUAUAGAACUCAUGUGCCAUCGUUUGAAAUCGUACAAAAUGUGCCUCAAAGUUCAAAGCA